AUGCAUCCCUUUCGCUACGGGCUGGCCUUGCUGGCAUCAAUCCUAUGCUUGGUCUCCUGGGCCAAUGGCAGCGGUCUCCACGUUCGGACCACCGGAAACACGGUGCGCUUCAACCUUACGCUAACAUGGGAAGACUGGGCACCGGCAGGCGUGCCCCGGAAGAUGAUUCUCAUGAACGGCCAAUUCCCCGGCCCAGCACUGCAGUUGCAGCAAGGGGAUGAUGUCGAGUUCCUGGUGAUCAGUCACCUUCCCUUCAAUACCACCGUUCAUUUCCAUGGGAUUGAGCAGCUUGGCACUCCUUGGUCUGACGGUGUGCCUGGUCUGUCGCAGAGGCCUAUCGCGCCUGGUGACCGCUUUCUCUACAAAUGGAGAGCGACAGAAUAUGGGAGUUACUUCUAUCACGCUCAUAACAGGGGUCAGAUUGAUGACGGUCUCUAUGGAGCGAUAUACGUCCAUCCAGAUGACUCGCUGGAGAAGCCAUUCCACCUAAUUACGAACAAUGCAACCGAGCUCCAAGCCAUGCAGGCAGCUGAGCACAAUACCAAGCCUGUGAUCCUCUCGGAUUGGCGUUUCUUGACCUCGGAACAGUUGUGGCGUGCGGAGGAAGAGACAGGACUAGAUGCGUACUGUGUCAAUGCAAUUCUGGUCAACGGAAAAGGAGCAGUUGAUUGUCCCGGGCAACAGGCUCAGAAUAAGCUCGCCAGUGCUGCGCAGAAGCAGAUCUUAGGCAAUUUGAGCAUGACUGACACCGGAUGUAUUUCCCCCAUGUUAGUAUCCACAGAAGGGACGUUCCCUCACAACUACAGCGCUAUGCCACCCACCAUGUUUUACGGCUGCAUUCCUGGAAAUGGUGGGACUGCGCGCCUCCUGGUUGACCCGACUGUCAAUUAUGUCAGUUAUGACCUGAUCAGUACGGCGGGAGUCUCGAUGAUAACGUUUUCCAUCGACGAGCAUCCGAUGUAUGUCUAUGCUAUUGACGGGCGGUACAUCGAGCCAACCCUGGUGGACGCGGUCACCGUUGCCAACGGCAAUCGCUACUCGGUCUUUGUUAAGCUAGACAAGCCUGCUGGGGAUUAUACCAUCCGUGCGGCGAACUCCGGGAUCAACCAAGUCCUCAACGCUACUGCAGUUUUGUCAUACAGCAACGCGAUCAAGACCCAACAGAGCUCGUCGGUGGCCUCAAUUGACAUCCAUGGAUCGCCUGUUUCUUCCAACUACACCCUGUUGGAUGAGUCCACGAUCAUGCCAUUCCCGGUGGAGGUGCCAUCCCAGGAGGUCGCGCAGACUUAUAUCCUGCGGAUCGGUCACUAUAACGCAUCCUACCGCUGGACCAUGGGAAACUCCACCUUCCCGCUUUCUCUGGAGGCAGCAUCGCCCCUGCUCUUUUACCCGUCUACAGCUAAACCUGAUCUCACCAUCAAAACACUCAACGGAACGUGGGUUGACUUGAUCUUCCAUGUGGAUGGCCCGAUCCAGCCCCCUCAUCCAGUCCACAAACACAGCAACAAAUUCUUCGUGAUCGGACAGGGCAGUGGAGUGUGGAAUUACUCCUCUGUGGCGGAAGCGAUGCACUAUAUCCCGGAGAGCUUCAAUCUUAAGACGCCUCAGAUUCGGGACACGUUCAUCACCCCGGCUGCAGCGACGGGAAACACCUGGCUGGCGCUCCGGUACCAAGUUGUGAAUCCCGGUGCCUGGCUUAUCCAUUGCCACAUCCAGGUGCAUCUGAGCGGUGGCAUGGCGUUGGCGAUGUUGGAUGGGGUGGACGAGUGGCCGGAGAUUCCGGAGGAGUACCAGCCGAAUUAG